CGCUGCAGAAAAAUGGCUUCGCAAAAUUUGGGUGAAAAUAUGGGUGGAAAACUCAAAAUCGGCAUUCUAACAGUCAGUGACAGCUGUUACGAAAAGAAGGCUGAUGAUAGGAGCGGGCCAAAUCUGAAGCGACUGAUUGAAGAAAAGAAUCUAAUCCCAGGCACUGUUGUGCUGACUGAUAUUGUCCCAGAUGAGAAGGAUCAAAUAAAGGCGAUGCUAAUUGACUGGUGUGAUACCCAACACAUCGAGUUGAUUCUCACCACUGGAGGAACAGGCUUCUCCCCAAGAGAUGUCACACCUGAGGCGACCAGAUCUGUGAUCGAAAAAGAAGCACCUGGCUUGACUAUUACAAUGAUCCAGAAAUCGCUGGAGGUCACACCACUGGCUGCCCUUUCAAGACCAGUGUGUGGUAGCAGAGGACGCACGUUGAUUAUAAACUUUCCUGGCAGCAAAAAAGGUUCGGAGGAAUGUCUGACGUUUGUGGCAGGAGUCCUUCCGCAUGCUGUGGAUCUGCUCCAUGAUCGGAAAGCCAAUGUGUCCAGUGUCCAUAAAGUAUUACAGGAGGAGCAGGGAGGACGACAGGAGACUCUGCACCAGAUUGACGACAAACCAGAAACAAGUGCCCCUGAAGGUGUGCUGUUACCAUCCAUGAGUGAUAGGGGUGCGCUGGCUGGAAAGACAACAACUUCAGGAUUAGAAAUCACAUCACCAUACGACGUGUGCGGACUUGUUUAUGAUGGCACCACUGCUAGGGAUGAAGCGCAACAGGAUACUGUGUAUGUGAUUAUAGAUACUGAGAACGAACAGAGGGCAGUGGCUGCUGUGGACCGGAGUUCGGUGUACAACUUUGAGGAUUUACAGAAUGACAUUUUGAGAGAGGCUGAAGAGAAAAGUGUGGCAAAGAGUGUCACUAAACCUAAUACCAGGUCGAGAAAUAAACCUGUUGGAGAUGGUGGUGAGAUAUGUUUCGUGAAGACUGGGCCACAUUUGAAACCGUUUCUAAAUUCUCAUCCGAUUCUGAGAAAUUUGUAUUUGAAUCGCGGGAAAAGGGAUGUGAAAAAGCAUUUGGUGGCACCGCGGCAUCUAGAGACAGCCGUCGAUACUGGCAGCUGGCAACGCGGAAAGAACGUCCACCAAAGGAACAGACUUGAUGAUGUGUUUGUGUACACUGAGGAAGGCCUGGCACGGAGCAAACUCGUCAAGACGGAGAAUCAGAGAGAUGAAUACGUCGUCAACUGGUAUCUGUGGUGCCCGGGACAUGGGAACUGCCAGAGGAGCUGUGGUGGUUUUGGAAAAUGUGAACCUGGCUGUAAAGGCAAGGCCCACAGACAAGAUCGCCAUAACUGUUCCGUGGUUAUCAAUUUGAAAAUCUUCCUGAGCGACCUGACACAAUGGAGGGUUCACAUCUCCGGAAACCAUGUGCCUAUCGACUCGAAAAUACUUUGGCAGCCACCUCUCGCAGAAACACAGCGAAUCGAUGAAGAUUUGAAAGACGUCAUCUUGGCAAAGUUGCAUCAGUCUGAUGCCGCUUCUGAGGUUCAUAGCCAUAUUGAAAAAAAACGUGGCACGUCACUGCCGACGCCUUCCAAAAGAAAAGUUUCUUACUUCAUGUCGCAUUUAAAGAAGCGUCGCAGUGAACGCAGUUAUGAGUUCUCGGCUGACGACUUGAAAAAGGCAUUGGAAAAAGAAAGUGGGGAUGAUAGGGAGGAGCAGUCAGAUACUGUACCGACAGGAUCGCAAAGUUCUGUGGAGGUACCGUCUGAGGCUGGGUCGGUGUCUCUACAAUAUGACCCGGGGAAAGAGACAGUCAUGGUGAUUCAGCACGCAGGAACUUCAGGAGUUCCUGUCGUGACAUACGAGGCAUGCAACCAAGUCGAUAAGAACGUCAGGUUCAUGGAAUACACAGACUCGGGCCAUAACACUUAUAACAUUACCCAGGUUGAUGAAAACAAAUCAGCCCCGGUAACGUCUGCUUCUGAAACUCAGGUUACAUUGCCCGCUACGCCACAUAAUUUUGUCGAGGCAACAAACUCGGCACCUUUGACUGGUCAUGUUGCCACGCCAACUACAGAGACUGUUCUCAGAACCGAGGAAACAGCCAGUGUUAGCUACUACUCUGUGUCAGGCUCUGUGCCUGGGGUGCCUGGUGCUCAGCUCAUGGAGAAGGCCGCUAGAGAUAUGAAUUUACAGCUCAUGAAACUCAAAUGAUUUGAAACAUAUAUGUAUG